GGCCUAAAUAAUAAAUAUGGCUAAAAAUGAUAGCAUUAUGAACCGGAAAGAAUAGCCAUUCCUUGCCUAUCGCCUGAAGACCACCAGACAAAGAGAAGAAGGAAGACCAGAGAAGAAAGAAGCAGUAGUAAAUGGUGAGUGAAUCAAAUUCAAAUCUGCCUCAGGAACUAUUAGAGGAUAUACUCUCAAGGCUUCCUUACAAAUCCUUAUCGCGAUUCAAGUGUGUCUGCAAGUUCUGGUACACUCUCUUCACCGAUCCCAUCUUCCGAGCCCUUCACCUCUCUCAUUUCAUCAAACACCACGCCUUCAAUGAUAGUGUGUUCCUCAGGCUCUCUUUCCCCACUACUUCCUAUGGCUUCUACAUGCAAAACUACAAACUCUUUUCCCUCUCUAACAACGAUUCUUCUAUUGAUGAUACCUUCUUGCCCAGAGUCAAACUUCUUUCCACGAAAUUCAGAAUUUCGGGUCACUGUAACGGGAUACUCUGCUUGUCAGGAGGUUAUUGGUCUCACAGUAAUGAGGUUAUUUUGUAUAACCCAGCGACCAGGGAAUUCAAAUGCCUUCCUGAUUCAAACAUGCUGUCCAAAUCCUCGUUUGCUUUAGCUGUUGGAUUGGGAUAUAAUUCUAUAACCGAUGAUUACAAGGUUGUGAGGAUUUGGUCUGUGGAUACUGGUGUGUACACCACGAAUCGUAUGGAGGUGUAUUCUCUGAGCACUGAUUCAUGGACAAGAAUGUACAAUAGCAACACUAGGGAUUUUGAUUUUGCUGAUGAUUGUUUCGCCUUGUUCUUCAAAGGAACGUAUUACUGGUGGGGUUUCAGACGCGGAGACAAGUCGACAAUUAUCCUAGCACUCAGAACUGGGGACGAGAUUUUCCACAAAGUGUCUGCGCCAGAUAACGUGGAUAUCAGCAAACCUGAGGGUAGAUCUUUAGCUGAGUGGAAGGAAUCACUCUCUUUGAUUUGCUGUUCUGGUUUUGGCCUGAACAUGUCGAUUGACAUAUGGGUGAUGAAAGGAUCUGGUGCUCAGGAUUCAUGGACCAAGAUGCAGAGUGUGACAAGUCUUCUAUUAGAAGAACCUAAACCUUUGGUUUUCUGGAAGGGAGAUGAACUUCUUUUGGAAACGUGUGGUGGGGAGAUUAAGUCUUAUAACGUUGUUACUCAGAAGAUUAAGAAUUUGAAGAUAGAAGAUCGCCCGGUUCUGCACUCUGUUCAAGCCGUAAACUAUGCGGCCACUCUGGCUUCGAUCAAUGGGGGCACUUGCCUCACGUGAUGUACAUAUUUUAUUUCUCCUCCUCCUUGUAUAUUUUUUCUUUGGGUUGCGCUGUUUGAGCCUAACGUUACCAUAUAGGUCUACUAUCGUUGGUUUGGCUUGUAUUGGUUGCUCUCUGUAUGAGCCUUUCUGUUCCCGAAUAGGCCUAAUCAUCGUUGGGCUGGCUUGUACCGGACACUCUUUCACUAAAAUAAAACUAGUGAAUUUACAAUUUUAC